AUGUACUGGCCUCAUGGAGUUCCCCGGGUCUACGCGGUCAAUGGACCCGAUAUUACCUAUGUCCCCUCUGACGAGGAUCGCGAGAUCCUAAAUGCCACCCCAACAAAUGGCUCCGAUGUCAUUGGCGAAAACGCGGAAGCAAAAGGGAGCGACGCGCAACAUGAGUCCCCAGACACCCAACCCCAUGAGUCGCAAACCAACUCUUCCCCGGACACUGAGACAUCAGAAUGGGGAAGUGAAGCUAUUAGGGACAUAUGUGUCUCUCGAUCUGGUCAGAUGUUUGCCACGAUGUCAGAAUCAUCAAUUGCUCUCUGGCAGACUCGGCCCACAGCUGUUGUUACAGCAAUAUCUCGAUCUCGAUUCUCCAUGAAAACAUACGGUCCGAAUGUUUCACUCCUUAUGCACCCAGAUUCGACAAUCCUGGUUGUACAGACCCUCAAUGGGUACCUACUCACAUACUCUGUGGCAUCGGAUCCAACAACUCAAGUCUACCAGCAGCGAUUUGAUCAGUCCACACACCAUCGUCGUCAACAAUUAGCCCAGUUUUCAGCAGUUGAAGAGGCCAAUGUGGUAAGGGACAUCAGCAUCCGCUUUCGAAUGGCCAUCAAGAUCGAGUCGGGAAUCGUCAAGGCGCUGGCGCUAGAUCAAGAACUGAUUGUCGCUACUGUGAAACCACCAGCUAUACAGUGCAUUCGGUGGACGGCCGAGGCGGGAGGAACACAAACUACAUCAGAGUUACUGAGUCGCAUCCUAGGGAUCUCAAAGAAAGUCUCGAUCGUAGACAUGGUUUAUGAUCGUGCGAUGAAUCUUCUUAUCUGGAUUACCAGUAGUGGCCAUGCUUAUGCCGUGCAGCGAGAUACAAGUUUACACCAGGAUCCUGAAGCAGCCAAGAAACUAUUCCACGGGCAUUGCUUCCAUAAUCCGCAGGAUGACAGCGAAAAGGCUGUGAAGGUGACGGUAAACGCACGCUUCUCUCUGUUGACUGUGAGCUGCUCAAAUGGUGACGUCUUGGUUUACACCGCAAAAGAUUACAUGGGCAACAUUCCACUGUCACAAAAGCUCCAUCUACCAGCAUCACCCAGAACCACCGGGGCUUUGACUUUCAUGAGCUAUUCCCCGGAUGGAUACUGUCUCUUUGCUGGCUUCGAACAUGGCUGGACAACCUGGAGUGUAUUUGGAAAGCCUGGUGGAAACAGCUUUUCGGUGGACACUACCUUGGCGAAGGCCAAUUCGGAGGAAUGGUUAACUGGCGUGUCAGACGGGUGUUGGAUUGGCGGCGGAUCCGACAUCAUUCUCACUGGACAUAAUGACCGUCGCCUGUGGGUUCUUGAGACAGCCCGCAGCGCUUUAACUGGUUGCUUUUCGUCUGCAAAUCUCGCUAGAGGCCUGCUGCAGACUGGGACUGAGUGUAUUCUCUACCGUGGCCACGAUCUCCCAGAUCUCAUGACAAUCUCAGGAAAGGAUUCGCUGUGGCACCAUGCUCAGUAUCCUCCGGCAUAUCUCCAUUCCCAGUGGCCGAUUCGAUCUUGCGUCGUGUCUCAGGAUGGACGGUAUGUUGCAAUUGCAGGUCGGCGCGGCCUUGCACACUACAGUAUCAACAGCGGCCGAUGGAAGGUAUUUGAGGAUUCACAGGCCGAAAACUCCUUUGCUGUGCGAGGGGGUAUGUGCUGGUACGGCCACAUACUGAUCGCAGCGGUGGAGAGUGAUGGAUCAUACGAGAUUCGUCUUUAUUCGCGCGAGGCUUCUCUCGGUAACAACUCCAUUAUGUUCAUUGAAUAUCUCCCAUCGCCAGUUGUGUACAUUGGAACUUCUGGGGAAGAUUCCCUUUUGGUUUAUACGUACGAUAACAUUUUGUACCAUUAUAUCAUUAAUUCGACACAGCCUCAGAUCACUCUUGUCCCGGUUGGGCAGAUCGCUUUCAAUGGGAUUGUCCGGGCACCUACUCGUGUUCGAUCAAUCAGCUGGGUAUUGCCCGAGGAGCAGAUGCGAAACGGCGAUCCAUCUCAAGACGUAAAGGUCGCAUCGGUGAUUCUUCUUGUGGACGGUAACUUGGUAUUGCUGCAGCCCACGGUCACAGAUGCGGGUGAUCUCAAAUACGACAUGCGUGUCAUAUCGCAUGAUGUCGAGUAUUAUAUCUUGAUGCGUGACCAGAUUUCGUUCAACUUUUCUUCCCAGGUUGAUGAAUCCAUACCCGCCAGUCCCUCUGUUGAUAUGGCACUGGAGCCACCCCAUAGAAGUCUGUCCCUCCGGGACUCUCUUUGGAUAUUCCGUGGCCAAAACCUGCUAGCUUGGAAUGACGUCCAAGAUGUUUUGCAUGAGGAUAUGGUGCCGGCACCACUCAACGUUCCCUUGGACUUUUAUCCAUUGUCUGUUUUACUGAACAAAGGCCUUGUUCUCGGCGUUGAAUCGGAAAUGAUGCAACGCCGCGAUGUAACGUUCACUGUUCUGAAAUUUGCCAUCCGGACACAUCUUUUCUUACCAUAUUUCCUCCAAUAUGGCUUGACUAGUAUUGGGACACCUGCAGCUCUCGCUCUCUGCCGCCACUUUUCCCAUUUGUCUUACUUCGCUCAUGGAUUGGAGAUCCUACUUCACCAUGUGCUGGACGACGAAGUGGACAAUGAGAGCCGAGCAAAUAAAAGUGAGGACCCACAAGCACGAGAAGAACCACUACUCCCAACUGUCAUUUCUUUCCUUCAAGCCUCGCUGCCCCCAGGGAAGCUUCGGUCAUGGCGCACACUAUUCACCUACCUACCUCCGCCCAAGGAUCUAUUUGAACAGGCCUUGAAACUUGACUCCCUCAAGACCGCAGUUGGAUACCUCCUUGUGCUGCAAGCCUUCGAGGAUGAGGAACAAGGGCAUGAUGGCCGCAUCGAAGAAUACGUUGUUCGUUUGAUUGCUCUCGCCUCCCAGAAGGGAGAUUGGGAGCUGUGUGCUGAGCUGGCCCGAUUCCUUAUUGCUCUGGAUGCUUCGGGUGAGAUGCUUCGGCGUGCAAUUUCCCGAGUUGGUCUGCGAUCCAACUCGCGGUCUCCUGCACAAGGCGCGUUCUCUGGCUCGGCACCCCGGUUUGGUCCUGGAGGUGUUCAAGGUCUAGGCUUGAACCUUCCAAUCAGGUCGCCGUCAUGGAGCUCUCCCUCCCCAACAUCAUCUCUUUCACCUCUUCCAAGCCGGCAAAAUGGUGAUGUCCCGGAUGAAAAUCCAUACUCAGCGGACGAGCAAGAUAGAUAA